AUGGGGAACACCACGUCCAGACUUCUCGAUAACAAGCUGACCCAUGUACUCCCCGCGACGGUCGACGUCGAAGCAACUUCGGCAGACGGAAUCGCCUUGCUAAUGAGACAGCUCCUCUCCCUGACCUCGAUGCGGGACGUCGACAGUCUCACGGCGGAGAGCGCGUCCGUCAGGGCCAUCUUCCAGAGAAACAAGCUCGAGGUCCUCCGGAACCUGAUCGCGCCCGAGGCCUGGGACGAUGCCAUCGCCUGUGUCGACCGCCGUCUGCGCAUGGGCAAGGCGGCGAGAAGGGCGUUCCACGAGGAUUACGACAACGGCAUCGUGUCAUCCUUCCCCUCUGACGAUCCCCUCGGCGAGGGCGGUUCUCGCGGAGACAACUCUGGUAAGGGGGGUGUCGACGACGGCAGGUCAGCUAACACAAGCCCAGCCACCCCGACGAAAGAAGGCCGACGACACCCCAGACCGACAGACCGCGGACAGUGGGACCUCGACGACCUCUGCAACCUGGUCCGGAUCAUCGAAAGGCUCCUCAGCAGAGAGCACCACAACACGUACCCGACGUUCGCAAAAUGGGAAGCCUCCUGGAAGUCCCCGUGGCCCCGGAGGAACGUCCACGCCUACCGCCCGGUCUCCAGCCGCGAAGGCGCGGACUGGACCGUCCGGGACUACGACGGCCGGGAGCACCACUACGAGGAGCUCUGCCGAGACCACGGCACGGAGGACCCAGAGAACUUUGAAUACGCCUUCCAGCGGCACACAAACCUCGACCAGGACGGCGUCCCUUACGAGGGCGUCACGGUGAACUCGACGACCAGGCCGAGGCUGCAGCGCGCCCUCUUCCGCCUCGAGCUCCUCCGACGGGCACACUACCAGCGGCCCCUGUUCCCGAGGGGCGCCAGGUUCGCGAGCCGCACACGGACGGUCCGCGAGGGCGUCUUCGGCCCGGCCGGCGAGACGUACGAGACCCGCCGGGCCCGCGCCGGGGCCUUCUUCCGCGGCUGGGCGGCCGACGACUUCCUCGAGGCCGUGUGCGUCUUCAAGGCCACGCUGAACGAGUACGCCGUGCCCGUGAGCGAGAUGAUGGAGGACUUCAUGGUCGCCGUCGACGAGACCUUCGAGGCCCCGGAGCAGCUGCGCGUCGAUCGGGUCUGCGGGGACAUCAAGACGGACUUCCGAGAGGUCCCCGAGCGCGCCGCCGGGCUGCGGUGGGUGAAGGACCCGUCGACGGGCGAAGAGUCGCUCCGCAUCGUGGACGGCCUUACCGAGUCGGAUGAGGAGCCGGACGACGCUCAGUCGCUCGGCGUCACGGACGACCAUGACGAGCCGGACGAGAAGCUGUACGCCGCGCGCGCGAAGCUCCUAGACGACAAGGAGGAGCUGGACAUAUUCACGGCCUCCCUGAUGGUCCCCUUCGACCGCUUCGAGUUCGACGACCUGCGCAGCACUAUCUUCCGGUCCGAGAGAUGCCGCGCGAUGCCGCGGCACAGACGUCAGAGGGAACAUCCGUCCCUGAGGCCACCCUUGCGGGAGACGAGCCCCGACGAGGCCAUGUCGCGGUUCCUCCACGUCCUGUGCAGCCUGCCGCUCGCGUUCCUGGGCGAGUUCAUGGUCAUGCCGACGUCGCGCCAGCGCGACUUCCUCAAGGCCAGCUACUGGGCCCUCUCGCGCGUCAAGGCUUCGCAAACGCCGCUGUUCCUCUCGGGCGAGAUGUCCGCGUGGUCGAGCCGGCCUCCCGACGGCGUCGACGGGCCCGACCGCGACCUCGGGGCGGUGCACGACGCCCGCCUGUUCCCUGCGCUCUCGGUGCGCGCCGCGGCCAUCGCCUGCGUCUGCGACGUUUACGUGUUCCAGGAGCACCCGUCCAUGGGAUUCCGGGUCCUUGCCGACAGCCAGGACGACGGCGACGGCGGCGGUUGCGGCUGGCGCUGGCGUUGGACCACAGCGCGCAUGGCGCCCGUCCUCUGGGAGCGCCUCCGGUCCGAGAUGCGCUUCGAGAAUUUCGAUAUCGAUGGCGUCUUCCGCAUGAGCCCGGAGAGCUGGGCGGCAGUGUGGAGAUCGGACCGGGAGUUCGAGCGGCAGCUGUGGACGGGGCCCAAGGCCGAGACGGAGCGCUGGGAGGGGUACCGCCGCGCCGCAGCCGGGCGUCGGGACCCGGACGAGUGCUACUGCCGGCUUGGAGACCGCUGUGCCCUGUGUCUCCCGCUUCCGGACGUGAAGCAUCCUGAGCGGGAACUUUUCACGAAAGAGGAGUGGGAGGAGGAGAAGAGAGAUGAAAGGGAGGACAUGCGACCGUUCCGGCUGUGCAAGAGGCAUCCCGAUCUGGCCAAGUCCAUCAGGGAAUACCGGAAGACUCACAAAGCGGUCCUCUACUAG